GCGCAAGGUCUGGAAGAAAGGAGGACGUACGUGGAGGGGAACCACUGGAAUAUUACGCAAGAGAUUUAAUAAUGCUGUGAAAGGAAGCGAUGCCUUGGUGGGAAUAUCUUGGGCUGCCUGCCUUCUAAAUCUCUCAUCCUAUGCAAUCCUCCUCAUUAUAUCUGCAUCCUGUGAGCCAUGGCGACAGCUCUUGGAAGAGCCAUCAACUUCUUUCUCUCCACCAUCUUUUACCCCUUUCGCUAUCAAGGAAACAACCAUCGGAGGAGCAGCAACACCUACUACUACGGCAGCAAUCCUAGCAGCGGCAGCACCUACUACUACUUCGACGAGAGCUACAAUUACAACAAGAACAUGGCCAAGGGACGACCACUCUCACUGCAGACAGUGGAGCUUAAAGUGAGGAUGUGCUGCACAGGCUGCGAGAGGGUUGUCAAAAAUGCUAUCUUAAGGCUUAGAGGGGUUGAUUCAGUGGAUGUGGAUCUGGAGAUGGAGAAGGUGACAGUUACCGGGUAUAUCGACGCAAACAAGGUGCUCAAGGAGGUGAGACGGAGCGGCAAGAAGGCGGAAUUCUGGCCCAAUCCUGAUCUCCCACCCUACUUCACAUCGGCUCAAAACUACUUCAGAGACGAAGAAUCGUUUCGUGAUAGCUACAACUACUGGCGGCAUGGCUACAAUGGUGACAAGCAUGGCCAUGUCCCAGUGCCCCACCGUGGUGAUGACCGUGUCAGCAACAUGUUCAACGACGAUGAUGUCAAUGCAUGCCAUGUCAUGUGAGGGGGAUCCAAGGACCAGCCUCCAUUGAUGACGACUUGGUGCACAUGAUGAUGUGGGUGCGUUGCAUGGUGUUAUUAUUACUGUAAUGGGUGGGGUAUAUAAUCUGUGGCUUUGUGGGAGUGUUCACGCUAGAAGGUCAUAAUAGUAGCCGCGCAUGAGGGGAAAAAAAAAGUCUUUUACCAAAAAAAAAAAAAAAUGUCGUACGUAGAACGUGGAUAUGUAUCACCUCUGAUCCGUGCUGCAAAAAGAUGUCUGGGUGUAAGUUUCAUCAGUUUA